AUGGUGGCUACAUCAUGGUUCACAGCGGGCAUGGGGGCUCUCGGCCUCCUGCUGUCCGCUGAUGGAGUUAUGGCUGCCAAACAGCCAAGCUUCCGAUUCCCUUCCAGCCCAGCCUACCGCGAGGUAUGCCCUGAGCGAUGCAUCGUUUCUGGGCCAAACUCUGGAAACUGGUCUGUCUAUCCCAACUUCAAACAGAUCAAAAAGUGCAGCCAGACCAUGUUCUACGACUUCAACCUCUAUGAUCAAGUCGAUAACCUCGACACAAACUCCCGCAUCGCUGCUUGCACUUCGUUUGGUCCAGACUUUUCCCUUGUACCUCCCAACAACUCGGCCGCACGGAUUGCGUCCGUCGACCCUGUCAUUGUUGACUUCGAGAUUGGCUGGAAAGAGGAGGGUUUCGGUCUGGCUGCUGCCGGACUCCGGUCCCUGAUCAAGCAAAUCCGCAAGUACGUCGACAACGGACAUGGAGCCACUGACAGGCCCUUCAUUGUCUAUGCUCAGUCUGGUCAAGCCACUGUCGGACUCUACAUCGGCCAAGGUCUGCAGAACCAAGGCCUCAGCGAGUCCGCCCUGAGUAUCUUUCAGGACAAUCUCGACACCCUCAAUGUCUCGACACCGAGCUUGGCUAUGCAGCUUUGCGGCCCCGGCUACGACAGCACCCAUACUUUCGGUAUCAUGGUGACCAGCAAUGCUACUUUCGCUCCCAUCCAAGACGCUAUCAAGACCUGGGCCAACGCCAGCUGCUUGUCUUUUGCUGGCUCCAAGAGUUUCGCCGGCCAGGCUGUGUUCACCACGCCGCUUCUGCCCACAAACGGCACUGUUGGUUCCAACUCCACCAUCCGCUCCAACUCUACCGUCCAAGCUAGGGGCCAUGGUCCCAGAUAUCACAGGGCUCUUCACGCUCGUGCCGAGUGUAAGAAUGUGCAAGUCGAAUCUGGUGACAGUUGCGCAUCGCUGGCCACAAAGUGUGGCAUUUCGGGCGCUGAUUUUACAAAGCUCCAUCCCGCCUCUGACUUCUGUGCCAACCUGAAGCCCAAGCAGCACGUCUGCUGCACCACCGGAGAUCUUCCUGACUUCCGUCCCGUCCCCAACUCUGAUGGCUCUUGCUUUUCUUACCAGGUUAAAGCCAACGACAAUUGCGCCAACCUUGGUGCCGAGUAUGGCUUGACCAACGAGGACAUUGAGGGCUUUAACAAGAACACAUGGGGUUGGAACGGCUGUGAGCUUCUGUUCACCGACACCGUCAUGUGCUUGAGCAAAGGCUCUCCGCCUUUCCCUGCCCCGAUCGCCAACGCCGUGUGCGGUCCGCAAAAGCCGGGCUCUAAGCCGCCCACUGAUGGCUCCAAUAUUGCCGACUUGAACCCCUGCCCGCUUAACGCCUGCUGCAAUAUUUGGGGCCAGUGCGGUAUCACUAAGGACUUCUGUGUUGACACCAACACCGGCGCUCCGGGAACUGCCAAGCCAGGCACCUUUGGCUGCAUCUCCAACUGCGGUACCGACAUUGUCAAGGGUGACGGGUCCGGCGCCAUCAAGAUUGCCUAUUUCGAAGCCUACAAUCUGGGUCGAGACUGUCUCUACCAGGACGCCUCUCAGAUCGACACGUCCCAGUACACCCACAUCCAUUUUGCUUUCGGUACUUUGACCCCUGACUAUGAGGUUGAGGUUGGCGAUGUCUUGUCCUCUUACCAGUUCCAGGAGUUCAAGCGCAUCAGAGGCGCCAAGCGUAUCUUGUCCUUUGGCGGCUGGGACUUCUCUGCCCUGCCUGCUACCUACUUCAUCUUCCGUAACGGUGUCACCCCUGCCAACCGCCUGAAAAUGGCCACCAACAUCGCCAACUUCAUCAAGGAGCACGAUCUCGACGGUGUUGACAUUGACUGGGAAUACCCCGGCGCGCCUGAUCUUCCUGACAUCCCGCCCGCCAGCAAGGAUGAUGGCCCCAACUACCUGGCCUUCCUCGUCGUUUUGAAGAACCUCCUGCCUGGAAAAUCCAUCUCGAUUGCUGCCCCUUCCUCCUACUGGUACUUGAAACAAUACCCACUCAAGCAAAUCGGUGCUGUCGUCGAUUACAUAGUCUAUAUGACCUAUGACUUGCACGGGCAAUGGGAUACGAAUAACGGAUAUUCUCAAGAGGGAUGUGAAAAUGGCAACUGUCUGCGCAGCCAGGUUAACCUGACGGAGACCAAGUACUCGCUGGCCAUGAUCACCAAGGCUGGCGUGCCUGGAAAGAAGGUUAUUGUCGGUGUAACCAGCUACGGACGCUCUUUCGAGAUGGCACAGCCCGGCUGCUGGGGUCCUAGCUGCUUGUUCACCGGUGACCGGGUGAACUCGAACGCGAAGAAGGGUGUGUGCACCGGCACUGCUGGUUACAUUGCUGAUGCUGAGAUUGCCGAGAUUAUUGUUGGAACCGGCUCAAAGCGCUCAGGCAGAGUCGUUGCCAACAUGGUGGACGCAAGCAGCAACAGCGAUAUUCUUGUGUACGACAACAACCAGUGGGUAAGCUACAUGAGCGCCGCGACCAAGAAGACCCGCUCCGCACUUUACACGGCGUGGGGAAUGGGAGGCACUACGGACUGGGCCAGUGAUCUGCAAACGUACAACGAUGUUCCGUCGCCAUCGAAGGACUGGAACGCCUUCAAGCUUGCAAUCCGCUCCAAGUUGGAUCCCAAGGGUGACGAUGGCGUCCGCGAUGGCAACUGGACCAAGUUGACCUGCGACAAUGACUAUACCACUCGCUGGGACAAACAUACGCCCGAGGAGAUCUGGAAGGCGCUCGAUGCGGAUGCUGCGUGGGACGAUGUUGUCAGGAACUGGAAGGACAACAACCGUGACAGACAGGGCAUCACUUUCAUGGACUCUGUUGGGCUUACCCUCGGUAUGGGAGGCGGAGGCACCGUGCAAUGCGGUGUUUUGGGCAAGUACGAUAAUUGCGACAAUACCGAAGAUUGCCCCGCCAGUGCGAACGGAAACAAGUCUGGUCCUGCGGCGCAGUUGAUCUGGAACUCGCUGGUAUGGAUUCAUGAAGUCUACCACGAGUACCACGACGCUCUGUAUGACGUUGCCGGCGUCAUCAGCACGGCGCUCGAUAACAUGGAGGAUACAUUUGCGCCCAUCCCAGCGCCGCCUGAGAACAAGUGGACGUAUCUGCUCAUCGAUCUGAUCACUCUCGGAACUCUCUCAAUCGCCGGUCCCUUCUUCAACACGAUUCUCAAGAACACGGCGUACUUCGUCGCAAAGGAGGGUUCUUCGAUGGCCGACAACCUCAAGGACACCACUAUGACCUUGAUUGGUCAAAGCACAACCAUCGCUAAGGACGUGCUGCCAAGCAAAGACUCGCCCUGGACGCCCGAGGCCCAAAACGAGUUCUCCAACUACAUGGGCCAGGCCAUCGCCGGCUGGGCCAAUGUCACCUCCCUCUCGCUCGGCAAGCUUUUUGAGGCCACGGACGACACACUUGAUGCCAUCGGCGAGCUCAUCUCGGACGGCAAGCUGAUCCGGGGCUCCACCGGCAACAACUUCAUCGACACCGCCAGCGCCUCUAACGACCUGCGCGCCAACUUGGCCAAAUCCUUCUACGCCUACGCCAUCCCCAACCUGUGGCGCUCCGCCAAGACCUACGCCUUCGUCAUCGACUCCGGCAUCUCAUGCAGCACCUCCAACCCGCUCGGCGACUACCUGGACGACGACACCAUGAAGGACACCGGCUCCUGCGUCGACGACAGAUGGUACUUCCUCGUGCACCCCGACGGCGACGCCAACGAAUGCAAGUGUCAAAUCGUCGGCGACCACGGUCCUUGCCAGACCAUCUGCCACGACAACAAGUUCUCCGCUCCGCCCGGCAUCGGCUCCCUCGGCAACUUCGGCGGCAUCUCCAAGGACGACCUGAUCAAGGGUUCCGUCCGCACCUGGAAGCAAAACGGCCAAAAGAACGGCGGUUCCUCGCCCAACCCGCGCGACGGCGGCACCAUCGACAACCUGCUCAGCGUUGACAUCACCACCCCCGGCUACGUCCGCUUGCCCGUCUGCUCCGCCGAGCGCGCCUUCCAGUCGUGGGACACUUCGUCCAAGGGCUCAUCCGAUAACUAUCCCUGUGACAUCCCGCCGGGCAAGAACGACUGCGGCGACUCGACCUUCGAGAACCAGACCUCGGGCGCCAGCCCUUCGGUGGACGACUGUCUCCAGAUCAUCAAGAACAUUGAGGGCGACGGCAGCACGGAGUGGACGGUGGGUAUCGGCGGCCAGAAGGCGAUUGCCAAGGCCGGCGGGUGCGCGUUCGGCGUGGAGGCGGACGGUGUCAAGGGCAGUGUCACGUACAAGGUCGGCGGGCAGGACGUGAUUGAUAUCAUCAACGAGUCUGUCAAGCAGUUUGGCGGAGGCGGCAAGGUGGGUGCUAAGGGGUAUAUGAAGUGCAAUGGCAAUGCUGGGCAGCAGCCUGUUAAGUGGGGUCUUUAUUAG